UUCCCCUCGGCUUUCUUCUCGUCGGUGUCCCCGGCAGGUCCCGGCGGGUCGCCGCGGCGGCGGCGGCGGCGGCGGCGGCGGCGCCAUGGCGGAGCUGACGGCCCUGGAGAGCCUCAUCGAAAUGGGCUUCCCCAGGGGACGCGCGGAGAAGGCUCUGGCCCUCACAGGGAACCAGGGCAUCGAGGCUGCGAUGGACUGGCUGAUGGAGCACGAAGACGACCCCGACGUGGACGAGCCUCUAGAGACUCCCCUUGGUCAAGUUCUGGGACGGGAACCCACCCCCGCGGAGCAGGGUGGCCCUGAAGGGUCUGGGUCUGCUACUGGAGAAGGCAAACCCAUUCUGAGUGAAGAGGAAAGACAGGAACAGACUAAGAGGAUGCUGGAGCUGGUGGCCCAGAAGCAGCGGGAGCGUGAAGAAAGAGAGGAACGAGAAGCACUGGAGCGGGAACGACAACGCAGAAGACAAGGGCAAGAGUUGUCAGCUGCACGGCAGAGGCUACAAGAAGACGAAAUGCGCAGGGCUGCUGAGGAGCGCAGGAGGGAAAAGGCUGAAGAGUUAGCAGCCAGACAGAGGGUUCGAGAAAAGAUUGAAAGGGACAAAGCUGAAAGAGCCAAGAAGUAUGGUGGUAGUGUGAGUUCUCGGCCAACCCCACCAUCAACAGAGCCAGGUCCUGUUCCCUCUUCACCCAGCCAGGAGCCUCCCACCAAGCGGGAGUAUGACCAGUGUCGCAUACAGGUCAGGCUGCCAGAUGGGACCUCACUGACCCAGACAUUCCGGGCCCGGGAACAGCUGGCAGCUGUGAGGCUCUAUGUGGAACUCCACCGUGGAGAGGAACCUGGAGGGGGCCAGGACCCUGUGCAGUUACUCAGUGGCUUUCCUAGACGGGCCUUCUCAGAGGCUGACAUGGAACGGCCUCUGCAGGAGUUGGGACUCGUGCCUUCUGCUGUCCUCAUUGUGGCCAAGAAAUGUCCCAGCUGAGGGGCCUUUAUCCUUCCAUCCUCCUCUGACCUCUUCAUCUUUGAUAAAGCACUGACAGUUCCUUCCUAACAAAUAAACCUUCUGAGUUAUGUAUA